AUGACCUGCCCAGGCCCCUCCCACAGCAUAGAGGAGGACAAGGAAGAGGAUGCAUCGGAGGAGGAUGAGGAGGACAAGGAAGGUCCAAAGAGGAGGAGGUCAGACAGCUUCUCCCUGACCUUUGAUGAAAGCCUAUCCUGGUGCGUGAUUGGUGGGCUCGGAGGUGGGGGGGACAGACACAGCAGCCAAUCAUCAGACUCUUACAGUGCAUCUGGGAGGUCAGAGGUCACAGCUCCCCCUGACCCCAAUUCCGACAGCGAUAACUUCAGUGUGGAGUUCGAGGUGGAGUCCAUCGAGUCUGCUGACUACGACAAAGACGACGCGUCCUUGUCUGCAGACGACCAGGUGUACGAGGUCACCAUCUUUGAGGGGGAAGACGAUGACUCCUUUGAAGACACUGAGAUCACAGAAGCUGAUUACUGGCGCUGUGAUAAAUGUGAUGGGUUGAACCCGCCUCUCCCAAGAAACUGCCUUCGCUGCUGGACAUUGUGCCAGGAUUGGCUGCAGGACACUUCCUGUCCUAUCGCCCUGCCCCCAAAGCCAACGGACCAAUCAGCUGUGAGAGAUGCUGCGGGUUAUGAUGCCGAGGAUCAUGGAGUUGAUGUUCCGGAUGGGAAGAGAGCAAAAAGUCCGGCUUUCCAUUCGCAGUGCCUCUCUGAGUCCGCCUCCUCUGCUCCCAACUCCCAGGACCUCCUGUCCAGUUCCCAGCCGUCCUCAUCCUCCUGCUGCUCCAGGCAGGAGAAGAUGCGGACAAGCGGGUCCCAACCAUCCUCCUCCGACUCCCAGGAGCCUCUCCCGUUACCCCCCAUCGAUCCUCCUCCCCUUCCUGUUGCUCCAGGUGAUGUCCCUGAGCUGGAACGCAGCAUGUCGGCCGAGUGGCGCCUACCAGACUCAUGCCUGGACCCGUGUCUCAUCUGUCAGUCCCGACCAAAAAACGGCUGCAUCGUCCACGGGAGGACGGGACACCUCAUGUCCUGCUACGUCUGCGCCCGGAAGCUGAAGAAGAGGAACAAGCUGUGUCCCGUCUGCAGGCUUCCCAUCCAGUCUGUGGUCCUCACCUACCUCAGCUGAGUCCCCCCCACCCCUCCAGUCCCCACC